AUGAAUAAAAAUUAUUUAACAACUGAAACUAAUACUAUUAAAAAUAUAAAGCGUCCAUGGUCAUCAAUAACUAUUACAAUACCAAACAAUACAUAUUUAUAUGAAAGAAAUCCUGUUUUAAAUGAACAUACAUCAAAAAAUCUUCCAUCAAAUUUACCAGCAUCCUCUAGUUUUGAAGAAACAAAUGAAAAUAAAUUACCAUUUUCUGGUUUUGUUGAAAAAGUAUUUUAUUGUCUUAAACAAACAACAUCACCUCGUUAUCAAUGUUUACAAUUAAUAACAUGGCCAUGGUUUGAACGUAUAAGUAUGCUUAUUAUUUUACUUAAUUGUAUUACACUUGGAAUGUAUCAACCAUGUGAACAUCAUUCCGAUGAACAAGGUUCAAAAACUUGUGAUACAACACGUUGUCAUUGGUUACACGCAAUUGAUCAUUUUAUUUUUGCUUUUUUUACUAUUGAAAUGUGUAUUAAAAUGAUAGCCAUGGGUAUAUUUGGUCAAGGAACAUAUUUAGCUGAUACAUGGAAUAGACUGGAUUGUUUUAUUGUUGUUGCAGGACUAAUAGAAUCAGUUUUACCAGGUGAUCAUUUAAGUUUUUCAGCUAUACGUACAAUACGAGUUCUUCGUCCAUUACGUGCUAUUAAUCGUGUUCCAUCUAUGCGUAUUCUUGUCAUGUUAUUACUUGAUACAUUUCCAAUGCUUGGAAAUGUUUUACUUCUUUGUUUUUUUGUUUUCUUUGUAUUUGGUAUUAUUGGUGUACAAUUAUGGAAAGGUUUAUUACGUAAUCGUUGUUUUCUACAAUUGAAUAUGACAAAUAUUUCUGAUUAUACAUUAUUUGAAGAUUUUCAAUUACCAACUUUUUAUACUCCACAUGAUCAAGAUUCAUUUAUUUGUUCACAUCCUCAAUCAAGUGGAAUGACAAAAUGUUCAGAUAUACCAAAAUUACGAAUAGGAAAUAUGACAUGUGAACUUGAUUUAUAUACAUUUCAUGAACAAUUAUCAAAGAAUUCAAAUAAAACAAUACAUGGUUGUAUUAAUUGGAAUCAAUAUUAUACAGUUUGUAAUGUUUCUGAUAGAAAUCCAUAUUCAGAUUCAAUUAGUUUUGAUAAUGUUGGUUUAGCAUGGAUUGCUAUAUUUCAAAUAAUAAGUCAAGAAAGUUGGGUUAAUAUAAUGUAUUAUAUUCAAGAUGUUCAUUCAUUUUGGGCUUGGAUUUAUUUUGUAUGUCUUAUUCUUGUUGGUUCAUUUUUUUUAAUUAAUUUAUGUCUUGUUGUUAUUGCAACACAAUUUAGUGAAACAAAAAAACGUGAAACAGAACGAAUGUUAAAUGAACGAAAACGUUUUAAACAUUCAUCAAGUACAUUAUUAACUGAGGAACAUAAUUCAUGUUGGGCAAGGACAAUUACAUAUCUUGAAUAUUUAUGGAAACUUACAUAUAAUAAAAUUCAUAUUUUAUGGAAAAAUUAUCGAUUUAAACGUAUAAAUGUCAAUAAAAAACGUUUAAUUGAGAUAAAAAAACAUCUUCGAAAAGAAAUUCUGAAUAAUAAACAAACAAUCAUUGAUAUUCAUCAGAAUGGAAAUUCUACAGUGAAUUCAUCUUCGUUUUCAAAUUUCGAUAUGAAACAUCGACCUUCUUGCCAAUAUUAUCAACGAAAAGAUAGUUUAUCUGUUCGAAUACCUUCAUCUUUAUGUCCAUCGAUCGAUGAUGCAUUAAUAGCUACUCCUGAACAAUCGGAUAUUGUCGAUUCAAAACAUACAGAAAAUACUGCUAUAGAAAUGAAAACAGAUUUAUCAAUAUUUUGUCAUAAAAGACCAAUAAAAUUUGAUCAUUCAGAUCUUGUAAUUAUAGAUAAAAAUCAAUGUAAUUGUUAUUAUCAAAAUUUUAUAAAUGAUCAUUUAAGUAUUACUAAAGAAUCCGAAGAAGAAGAUGAUGAUGAUGAUGAUGAUGAUGAUAAUGACGAACAAGAAUAUAAAAUAAAAUCCAAAUCUAAAAUAUCUCAAUUUUUUAAUCAAUAUAUUUGGCCUUGUUAUUUUAAUUGUCAAAAACAUAUAGCAAAUUUUGUUAAAAGUAAAUAUUAUAGUCAUAUUGUUUUAUCAGCUAUUCUUAUGAAUACAUUAUUAAUGGGUGUUGAAUAUCAUGGACAACCUCAAUCAUUAACAAAUGCAUUAGAAUUUUGUAAUUUAGCAUUUGCAUUAUUAUAUGCUAUUGAAAUGAUAUUAAAAAUAAUUGCUGAUGGUUAUUUACAAUAUAUUAAAAAUAUUUAUAAUUUAUUUGAUAGUGCUAUUGUUAUUAUUAGUAUUAUUGAAUUACAAGGACAUAUGAAUAGUGGUUUAUCUGUUUUACGUACAUUUAGAUUAUUACGUGUACUUAAACUUGUCAGAUUUAUGCCAACAUUGAGACGACAAUUGGUUUUAACUCAAGAAGAUUGGCAUGGAGUACUUUACAAUGGUAUGAAGUAUACAAAUGCAUGGGCAGCAUUGUAUUUUAUAGCAUUAAUGACAUUUGGAAAUUAUGUUUUAUUUAAUUUACUUGUUGCUAUUCUCGUUGAAGGAUUUUCAACAGAAAAAGAAACUGGUACUUCCGAUGUCGAAAGUAUAGCAAAUCGAUUAGAAAAAAUUGAUCCAUUCACAACACAAGCACUUCUUACAGGAGAUGUUGAACAAUUACCAAAUCCACAUGAAUUAAUAACCGAUGAAUCAAUAAAUCAUGAACAUAGUCAUCAUCAAGAAUAUAAGACUCAUCGAAAAAAAGUUAAAAUAAUGAAUAUAUCAAAGACUACUAUAAAUAAUCAAUAUGAUUCUAAUAUACAUCCUGCUAAAAAACAUUUAAAAACAAAUAAAAAUAUAAAUUCAAAUUCUUCAUCAUCAACUACAUUAAGUUUUCAUACAUGUAUUGAACCAAUAAGAAAUGAAUCUUUAAAUAUAUCUUCAUCAUUAUUACGAACUUGUACUAUAUCUUCAAUAAAAAAUAAUAAUUAUCAAAUAUAUAAAGAUGAUCAAAGACAAUGUUUAUUAAAUCCUACACGACGAAGAUAUUCUUAUCAAUCAUCAUUUACAAAAUGUUUUAUUAAUCAUGAAGAUAAAUUUAUUGAACAAGAAAUAAAUAAUUUAAAUAUGCUUAGAAAACGACGAUCAACAAUUGAUCAUUGUACUUAUCGAAUAAAUGAAAUAGAAACAUCAAAAUAUGAUUUUAAUCCAUAUUUAAAUAAUUCUAUUAGAAGAGAUAUUGAUCAAGAUUCAAAUAUAACAAUAACAACAAUGUUUAAUAAUCAAAAUGAUAUUCAAAUCGAUGCAACACAAAAUGAAAAUCAAUCACAACAAGGAGUCUGUCAUCAAAUAUAUUUAAUUCGUUUAUGUGGAAAUCAAUUAUAUAAAUAUUUUGAAAAACGUAAAAAUUAUUCACUAUAUAUUUUUUCACCAGAAAAUCGACUUCGUCAAACAUUUAAAUGUUUAGUUGUAAAAAGAUCAUUUGAUCAUAUAACUUUAUUUUUUAUUGCUCUUAAUUGUAUAACACUUACUAUGGAACGUCCAUCAAUUUCAGCAAUAAGUUUUGAACGACAUUUCUUAAAUAUAACAAAUAUUAUUUUUACAAUAAUAUUUACAAUAGAAAUGAUGACUAAAGUUAUUGCUAAUGGACUUAUAUGUGGAUCAGAUACUUAUUUUCAUAAUAGAUGGAAUGUUAUGGAUGGUUUACUUGUUAUUAUAUCAAUUAUUGAUCUUGCUACAAUGCAUCGUGGUACAGUAGUAACAUCAUCAAAUCCUGAAUCCGAAGGAGCAACACGUAUAUUUAGUAUGUUAAGAGUUUUUCGUCUAUUAAGAACAUUACGACCAUUGAGAGUUAUUAAUCGAGCACCUGGUCUUAAACUUGUUUUACAAACAUUAAUUUCAUCAUUAAGACCUAUUGGUCAUAUUGUUAUUAUUUGUUGUACAUUUUUUAUUAUUUUUGGUAUUCUUGGAAUUCAGUUAUUCAAAGGCAAAUUUUAUUAUUGUGAAGGUCCAUUUGCUCGUAAUAUAAUAACACGACAACAAUGUGAAGAAAUGCCUGAUCAUCGUUGGAAAAAUCAACAAUAUAAUUUUGAUAAUUUAGGUCAAGCAUUAUUAUGUUUAUUUGUUUUAUCAUCACGAGAUGGUUGGGUACAAAUGAUGUAUAAUGGUAUUGAUGCUGUUGAUGUUGAUAUACAACCAAUAAGAAAUUAUAAUACAGCAAGAUUACUUUAUUUUAUUUCAUUUUUAUUACUUGUUGGCUUUUUUGUAUUAAAUAUGUUUGUUGGUGUUGUUGUUGAAAAUUUUCAUAAAUGUCGUGCUGAACAAGAACGUGAAGAAAAAACAACAUGUAAAGUUAAACGUGCAUUAGAACUUGAACGUAGACGAUGUCGUAAACAUGAAUUACCAUAUUAUGCACAUUUUGCACCAUGGAGAAGACGUUUACAUUAUAUAUGUAGUAGUAAAUAUUUUGAUUUAAUUAUUGCUGCUAUUAUAGCUCUUAAUGUUCUUACAAUGUCAUUAGAAUUUUAUUUAAUGCCACCAAUUCUUGAUCGAGUUCUUGAUUAUUGUAAUUAUGUAUUUACAGUUGUAUUUAUAAUUGAAUCAAUAUUAAAAAUUAUUGCUCUAGGACCAUUACGUUAUUUUAAAGACAAAUGGAAUCAAAUUGAUACUAUUAUUGUUAUUCUAUCAAUAUCUGGUAUUGUUUUAGAAAAAAUGAAAAAUGGACAUAUAUUUCCAAUUAAUCCAACCAUUAUACGUGUUAUGAGAGUCUUAAGAAUUGCCCGAGUAUUGAAAUUAUUAAAAAUGGCAAAAGGUAUACGAGCUUUAUUAAAUACUGUUAUACAAGCUCUUCCACAAAUUGGAAAUUUGAGUCUAUUAUUUUUUCUUCUUUUCUUUAUUUAUGCUGCACUUGGUGUUGAAUUAUUUGGAAAAUUAGAAUGUUCUGAUGAACGACCAUGUUUUGGUCUUAAUAAACAUGCACAUUUUAAAAAUUUUGGUAUGUCAUUUUUAACAUUAUUUCGUAUUGCAACAGGUGAUAAUUGGAAUGGUAUUAUGAAAGAUGCAUUACGUCCAGAUCAUCCAACACAAAGUGGAAUAAAUCAUUUUAUGUCUGUCAUAACACCGAUUUAUUUUGUUACUUUUGUUCUUAUGGCACAAUUUGUUCUUGUUAAUGUUGUUGUUGCUGUAUUAAUGAAAAAACUUGAUGAAUCAAAUCGAAUGAUGGCUGAUGAUGCAGAAAUGGAUGAAGAAAUCGAUCGAGAACUAGAAAUGGUUGUACAUGAUAAAGAGUAUUUUGAAAAAUCAUCACUUAAUGAUCAACAAUCAGAACUUCUAAAUAAUAAGGAUAUUUAUUACUGUCCAUCGAAAAAACGAUCAUCUUUACCACCGAGUUUUACAUUUCGUUCAAUGAUUUCAAUAGAAGAAUGUUCAGAAAAAGGUUUGUUCUCUUAUCUAAUAAUUAUUGACAUGCAUAACAAUCUUUUUGAUUAAAUAGAUUAGAUUUUUUUUUGAAAAUCCUUUCAGUUCUAAUUAAUUACUUAUGAGACAUCAUAACAAAAUCACUGAUUUAUCCGAUAGUAGUAAAAAGUUCCGAGUUUACUUCUAUCUAUGUGGAUGAAUCUUGGAUGUAAGUGAGGCUUCAUCUGAAAAAAUGAGCUCAAUACGUAAAUUCGAAAUUUCAAGUUCAUUUUUUUUUUGGUCUCUAUUCACUGAUUUCUACUGAAUUUUGUAUAAAUACCUUUUCCACAACAGAAAGUCUCUCGAGUCUUCUAAAAUGUCUACUUGUACAUAUUUUUCAUCAGGGAGAUCUCCUAUCCUAUCCUAUUUGUUUUUGUAAUUUAGAUUGAUAUUUUUAGAGUUCCAGCAUGCUAGAAAUUAGUUAACUAAAGAGACUAAUUUUAAAAUGAAUGCAUUUAAACAUCCUGGAAGUUUUAAGAGAUUUAAAAUAUAUCAAUUAGUACAGAAAGCAUUUUUCAGCUAAUUUAUUUAGUUUUUCUCCUAAAUUAUGCUCUGAUUGAUAUGAUUUAGGAGAUAAUUUGCUUAAAAUACUAAAAGAUUUAAUUUUAACUUUGAGUUUCAAUACGGACGAUUUCUUUUCUUGUACUACCAAUUCCUAAUUCAUACUGUUGUGAUAUGUAUUUGUGUGUUUGUAUUUUUUUAAAGAUCAACUAGCAGAAACAAUGAAAGACGCGUGAUUAUCAUCAACACUCCGUUCAAUAAUUCCUAUUGUAACAUCAAAAUUGAAUGAAAACAAUGUAUCCAAAUAACAUGAAGAAAAUCUUUCAUCAAAUAAAGAACUUGUUUCUUAUUAUCGUUCCAAAACAGUUCCAAUACGAUAUAGAAAACAUA